GAGGAAGCCCCGCGUGCACACCGCCACGCACCCCGGCGGCCGGCAGUGAAUGAAGCCUGGCUCUCCCGGCGGCCCUCGGCUUCCCCCUGCCCCGGGAGCGGAGGCCGCGCCCCCUCCUGCAUUAACUCUUGAGAUGGAAACUCCAAGGGAGUCUGGGUGGCCAACCCCAGAUGAGGCUCCCCUCGAGCCUGUGAGCGAGUAUGACCCCUGUUCCGCGGCCGAGAAAGGUGCGGGGACUCUGGAGGACCCGGAGGCUGCGCUGUCUAAGUCUGGCAAAGAAGCCAAGGAUGGGGCUACCAAGCUUUGCGGAUAUUUGCUUAAAUUCGGAGGCAAGGGGCCCAUCAAAGGCUGGAAAUCACGCUGGUUUUUCUAUGAUGAGAGAAAGUGCCACUUGCAUUACUCCAGGACAGCUCAGGAUGUUAAUCCCCUGGGGAGUAUAGACCUUUCCUGUGUUACCUUUGAUUGCAAAGUGGAAGCAGAGGAGGGGACUUUUGAGAUCAAAACUCCUAGUCGAGUUAUUACCCUAAAGGCUGUCAACAAACAAACCAUGAUGUACUGGUUGCAGCAGCUUCAGUUGAAGCGUUGGGAGUUUUACAACAGUCAGCCUGGAAUCCUGGUCUCAGGAGUCACCACCGAAACUUCACCUGGAAAUGCCUCUCCCCUGCACAUCACACUCGAUCUAGACAAUGCAGAAACUGAUGAAUUUUUCUGCCCUGUGAAAACUCCAACUGGACUAGUAGGCAUAGCAGCUGCUUCUCAACCUAUUCCAGAGAUGCCCUCUACCCUCCAGAAUAUUUCCCUCAAACAUCUAGGAACUGAAAUACAGAAUACAAUGCAUAUCAUCUGUAGCAACAGGCAGUCCAGAGGAAAUGGCCAUGUUUCCCAAGGGGAUGAAUCCCAGAAAUUGGAGGAGAAUCAGAAUGAGGAACAUCACCUACAAGCAGAUCCAGGACUCACUGGGAAAGAGACAGAGGAGUAUUCAAAACAGAAGUCAGGUCUGACAGCAAAUUUUAUUCAAAAAGCCAAAAAGCAGAACAGUACCUUCCCUAUCUUUGCUGAAGGUCUACGUGAAAAAAGUUUUCAGGAUAAAAUUGGGGUCCUUGAGCAACAGGUUCUGACACUUACAGAGGAAUUAAAGUCUCAGAAGGAACUUGUGAAGAUUCUCCAUAAAGCCCUUGAAGCAGCCCAACAGGAAAAGCGGACAUGUAGCACCUACCUCACAGCCACUGAAGAUAAAGAUCGCCUAGAGCUAAUUCGACACAAGGUGAGACAAAUUGCUGAACUUGGAAAGCGUAUAGAAAGCCUCCAACAAGACAAAAAGACCCUUGAGCAGACUCUGGGCCUGAGAGAGGAGCACAUUAAGGAACUAGAACAGCAUGUGCAACUGUUAAUGGACAAGAACCACGCCAAGCAGCAGGUCAUCUUCAAGCUCACAGAGAAAGUUACCAAGGAUUUCAUAGACCCACCAAAGGCAGCAGAUGAACUUGACUCUGGCACCUUUCUGAAUCCCUAUGAAAAGAUUGAGCAUUUGAAGGAUGACAUAGAAGCCUAUAGAACCCAGAACCGAUUCCUAAACUCUGAAAUACACCAGGUCACAAAGAUUUGGAGAAAUGCUGCCGAGAAAGAAAAAGUCCUUUUGAUGAAGUGUGCUUAUCUUCAAGCAAAGAAUUGCCAAAUUGAAAGCAAAUACCUCACUGUGUUGCGAAAACUACAAGACACGUUGCCCACUGAGGACAGCGAAUAUGGGGAGAUGUUAAAAAAACUGAUUCAUGAAGCUCUACAAUGGGAUGUAAAGGAGGGAGCAUCAGACUCCAUGAAAUUAAAUCCUGUCAGUGAAUAUGAUGACUACGGAUUCAUGACUGUCCCUGAUUAUGAAGUUGAGGACUUAAAACUUCUGGCAAAAAUCCAAGCCCUAGAAAUAAGAUCUAAUAAUCUCUUGAAUCAUGAGGCAGUAGAGAAACCACUCCGUGAGAAAUGGAAUAGUAUUGGGGAACUUGUGCCUUCUGCAGACCUGAAGCAUCUGAUCCGGAGUGGCAUCCCCGCUGAGCACCGCCAGAGGGUCUGGAAGUGGAUGAUAAGCCUCCGAGUCAAACCUAUCCAAGCACCCAAUCAUUAUGACUCACUGCUCAGAAAGUGUGAAACCAUGGAGCACCCAGCCUUUCGGCAGAUUGAGCUAGACUUAAAUCGAACCUUAACUAACAAUAAGCACUUUACAAACCCCACUUCUAAAUUUAUCUCCAAACUCCGAAGAGUACUACUUGCAUUCUCCUGGCAGAACCCUACCAUUGGCUAUUGUCAAGGGCUGAACAGACUGGCAGCCAUUGCCCUAUUGAUCCUAGAAGAGGAAGAAAGUGCUUUCUGGUGCCUAGUUUGUAUUGUUGAGACCAUAAUGCCAGCAGAUUACUACAGUAAAACUUUAAUUGCAUCUCAGGUAGAUCAACGGGUUCUCCAAGACUUUUUAUCAGAGAAACUUCCCAGGUUGAUGGCCCACUUGGGGCAACAUAAAAUCGACUUGUCACUGAUCACCUUCAACUGGUUCCUUGUGAUUUUUGUGGAUAACCUUAUCAGUGACAUAUUGCUCAGAGUCUGGGAUGCCUUCCUGUAUGAAGGAAUUAAGGUGAUAUUCCGAUAUGCCCUUGCUAUAUUUAAGUACAAUGAAGAAGCAAUACUAAGGAUUCAUGACAGUCUUGAGAUCUACCAGUACCUUCGAUUCUUCACCAAAACAAUAUGCAAUGGCCGUAAACUGAUGAAUAUUGCCUUCAAUGAUAUGAACCCCUUUCCUAUGAAGCAACUGAGAAACCGCCGGGCCGUGCACAGGGAGAAGCUCGAGACUGAACUUGGAGAGCUAGAGCACAUCAAAGCAGAAUUCCUGAAAGAGAGAGCCAGGCAGGAAAGCAAGUUACUAGAAGGUUGCAUGAGUGAGGACGAAGAAGAGACUUAACAGAACUCAUCCGCUGCCUAGGUAGUUUGGGUUUUGUCAACUUGUUUUGGGUUAACCAGCUUGCCUCAGCAUCACACAAGGCAUAAGCAACAAAUGUGAAAUUUGACUCCAAAUCCAGUGCUUUUUCCAUUGAGUUCAGAUCCAACACUGACACUUUUAUGUAUCUCUGAGCAAGUCACUCAGUCUCCCUUUGCCUCAGUUUCUUCAAUCGUAAAAUA